AUGUGUGAAAACGAGGAAUAUCGGGAACGGUUUCCAGACAAACAUUUCGAUCUCGAGACGGUUCUCCAAGCAAAAGUCAGACCCAUCUGUGUUGUCCCUGAAAGAACAUUCAUCGGGUUUUUCCAUCGAGAGAAAUCAAAGGAAGAAGAAGAAAAAGAAGAUGUUAGUCUAGAUUUUCUUAAAGGUGUAAUGUCCUUUGACAGUAUCUGGGAAGAGAUCAUGAAACAAGAACCAGAAGAGUCGGCAAGCGAACAUGUGAUCUACAUUGUAAGCUGGAAUGAUCAUUACUUCGUACUCCUUGUGAACCACGAUGCUUAUUACAUCAUAGACACGCUUGGAGAGAGGGUCUAUGAGGGUUGCAACCAAGCGUAUGUCUUGAAAUUUGACCAAGAUGCAGAGAUCAAAAGAUUACCAUCCGUCAUCAAAGACAACAAAGCCGACAUGGGAAGCCAGAAACAAGGUGGUAAGAACAAGUAUGAGCAACCCGAAAGAUCAAAAGAAUCAGAAGAACAAGGAGAAGAAGUAGUAGUGUGUAGAGGUAAAGAGUCAUGUAGAGAGUAUAUAAAGAGCUUUCUCGCAGCGAUUCCAAUACAGCAAGUGAAAGCUGAUAUGAAGGAAGGACUGGUUUCAUCUUUUCAUCACCGUCUUCAAAUAGAGCUUUACUACACCAAACACCUUCAUCACCGCCAACCCAAUAUGUUUGAAUCCUCUACAACCAAAGUAACUGUGUCAGAAGCUACUGUGUCUAUGACAGUGGCUUGGUUAUUGGCGAGCCAAUUCAGCAAUAGUGGUGGGUUUGGUUGCGAAAUGGCUGAGCUUUUGGGGAUAAAAGUUUAA